CAAUUUAACAUGUCGUCCGUGAAUAAACAGACACCAUAUUUUACAUAUGAAUGUUGAACGAACGUCUGGGUUCAACGAUUUCGACAAAUUUUCUUCAUAUUGUUACAGUGACAUUUUUUGGUUUGUUAAAAACCAAAUAGGAUUUAGUUUCCCCAUUAAUUGAUCCAAUGGAAUAACCAUAAAGUGAAUUUGAAAUCUGUGGAAGUUAGAAAUAGUGAAAUAAUUGCCAUGUUGUGAUCAGGAAUGUCGCAUUGAAAAGUGAGUAAAAUGGUGAUUCAAAGGGAAGAACCGACCCAAACAUUGGCAAAACGACGUGUAUUAUAUAUUGGUAGUUCAGUGCCAUUAGAGACAACAGAAGGACUAGAAGCAGUUCAACAACCACUUAGGGAUAGGUACCCGGUAGGUGAACAUGCUCAGUUACAAGGUAUAGACUCAACUCUUACCGUUCUUUACACCGGUUUACAAAUUCAGUAUAUUGAUGAUCCAGAUACGAUUGUAUUUUUCCCGAUUUCUUCAUUGACAGUAUGCGCUGCAGUCAGGCCCGUAAAUGCAAUAAAUGCCCCGACAGGGGAGGUAAUGGCCAAAUUUGUAUCUUUAAAUUCAGAAAUAGCUGCUCAGAAUGCCAAAAAUCCAGCUAUUUUCACAGCGAUUACACGUCGUGCAAAAGGAAGGAAAGUUCUUGAGUGCCAUGGGUUCGUAUGUGCCUCUGAUCAGGACGCAUUAGACAUUGUUAAGGCAACAUCAAUGGCAGAUCAAAUGAAACGGGAAAACGGUACAAUUCAAAAUGGUCAAGUUCCGUAUAGAGCAGUAAAUGGAUCAGGUAUUCGACCGGGAUCAUUUAGGGUUGUAAACGGCACUGUUCCAGUUGAAACAACUGCUAUGGUGAAUGGUUCUUUACGGCGUAUUAUUGUAGACAAACCAGUAUCCGCUAGACAAAAUGUGCGACUUUCGGCUGGCGACAAUAUUCCAUCAGUAGUCGAUGACGUUCCACAGGAAUUUUAUGAUUCACCGCCACCUCAAGGAUAUUUUUAUCGUCCAAAUAAUGUUCAGGCCAAGAGUUUUAAAAUAGAAAAGAAAGAACCGCCUAUUUCUGCUCGAUCUCGAGUUUCGAACUCCUUUGUACAGCCAGCAGACAUUCCUCCGCCUCCAUCGCCACCAUCACCGCCAGUGGAACCAGCUCCAGUUCCACCGCCACCACCGCCACCUCAACAACCGCCUAUAAUAGAAGCUCAGCCUCCACCGCAGGAUCGACCCACUGAAGCACUAUCAGCAAGAAGUCAGCCUGAAAGACCUUUACACCAAGAAAAUGGUAUACCACCACCACCAUUAGGCAGGCCUCGAGGGUAUAUGCCACGCAAUUUUGGAGCACCGUUCUAUCCACCUCCACCAUCCUACAUGAAACCGAUGUAUUAUCCGCCGCCGCCGCCGCCGAUGACAAGACCACGAUUUUUCUCUCCUCAACCGUCUAUGCGAGCACCACCCUACCCUUAUCCAUAUCAAUAUCCAAUGUAUCCUCAAUUUGUUAAACGACGACGACCAAAAAGGAAGGAAUCGGAGUCGCCGCAUUCGAAGUCUUCUGACAGUCGACACUCGAGUCAUAAAUCUCCGAGAGACCACGAAGAGACUGAAAGGAAAAGGAUUCCAAACGGAGAUUUUGACAGUGAAAGUGAUGAUUUAUUUAGACCUAGAACACCACCUCGUGAUUACGAAUAUGUUAAUGCUGAUGUUGAUUCUCCACGAAAGGAGCGUAUGAGUCGUCGAGAGGAAUAUGAAAAGCGACGUAAUCGCAAAAACCGCGAUAAAAUCGAAAGAAGUCCACCUAGAAUGAUGUAUAGCGGCUAUCGUCCCUACUACAUGUAUCAGCCACAAUCAUUUAAUCCUUACAUGCCACCGGAAAUGGCACGUUAUCCGCCUCGUUCUAGUUCUGUCCCUCCUCAUCUUCGAUAUACAUCAAAAGACCGUAAGGCAAAUAAGAAACAAAAGAAAAAUAAGAAAAAAGAAAAAAGCCAUUUCCGUGGAGGAGGUCCGCAUUAUCCGUAUGGAAAAGAGGAUAUAUCGAUGGAAAGUGGUAGCGUAAUGGGAGGAUAUGCAUCAGAAAUACCACAAGGAGCAUAUCCAACAGAUGGAUACUAUUUCUACCCACAUAAACCACCACGUGACUUUCGAAGGGAGAAAAACCAAUUUUUGAAUGAAAAAUCGUUUUCCCGGCGAAUGCAAGAAGAACAUCGCACGUCUAGAGGUAAAAAGCAAGAGUAUUAUCCUACAGCCUAUGAACUGAAUGAUGCUCAAGCAGAAGAGCGGUUAAAUGAACCUGAUUUCACAAUGUACUAAACAGCACUCAUAAGCUUUGUAUAAUAGUAUAUUUGUUUCUACAAUAAUCAAAAAGAAAUAUGUUUUCUAAAAUUAUAUUUCACACAAAAAGGUUGGUGACCAGGAAAGACAAUUUAGUUAUAGAAAAGAAACUUGAUGAUCUAACGAUUAAUUAUAUUAUCCUUUUGACUGGUCCGUAUUUACAGUACAUUAUACACAUGAUACGUACGAUAGGAACGAUGUACAAUAAUUCAAGUGUCUUUGGUGGAAUACAAAUAUAUGUCAUAAUAUAUACAAAAACAUAAACAUAUUCGUUUAUAUUAGUGCUAAUGGUUUCAUUUUAUGUAUAAUUAUUAUAUCCGGGAUUAACAUUGAUCAGAUACCACUGUUAACAAUAUGACAUUUUAGUUUGUAUAUAUGUUAAAUAUUACUUCUGCAUAUAAGAUUACAUUUUGUUGAAAUUCUA